UGUUUUGACUUGGCUAAUCUAGGUACGAUAUCAAAUAAUAAAACGCAAUUGGUUGUCUAAUUUUUCUUUCUUUUUUUUCAUAACUGUGAACUUUAACACAAUAAUCUAUAAUUACGUUUUUACCCAAGCCGUGGACAGUUGCACGGUUGCACUGUUCUAGCCAAAGGCAACGGUCGCCGCAAUCGCAGCCGACUGAUGGCUGCUGUUUUCGCGCGAACCGCAAAUAGAAGGUGAAGUGGUAAAGUUCGUGGCGUUGUAGAAUGGACCGAGGGAACUGAGUGAACUGCAAAACAAGAACGGAAAAAUUAUGGAUGGACAGUACUGCAACCGUACUGAAAAAUCUCUACGUGCUGUAGACAAAGCUUCCAAAGACCUGUGCGAAAAGUUCAGGCAGCAGUGCUUGAACGCGCUUGAAGUUCAAAAGUAUGGCAUCAAGAAGAGUUCGUUGGAGAAGUGCAUUAACAGCCUCGCAGAUCAGCUUUUGUCGCACAUGAGCGCGGAGUGCAGAGUCAUUAUCGACGACCUAAGACUGGACGAGAAGUUCAGAAGUCUGAGCCACCUGAUCGAAGAGCAAGAAAAAUACAAAGGGACACCUGUGUGGCGGCCGUCUGGAAAUCCAGAUGAGGACGUUCAAGAUCAUUUACGGCAACCAUACGAGAGGUGCCUAAAAGACCUGACUGCCACACUGAAGGAAUGUGAAGAGAAAACUAAUUCAUUAGAAGCACAAGUUGCCAAAGGGAACAAAGAGCUGGAAAGCAUCAGUGCUGAAAUUGAUGUCAUGGUGGCCAAGAUUGACAAGCAACACCUGACUAAGACGAGGAAGAAGAAUACUGAUACUGACGAAGAAGGAUGGUACGACACAGCCUGAGACAAGUAGCCACGAGAAGCUAGCGCCUUCUUCUUUUUUUCAAGUAUCCUGCUUGUGGUUAUUGUUGCAUUUAGGACUGAUGCAGCACUACUGCACAUCUUUGGUACUUAAGAGUGGACUUUAAUGUCAUCGUGCCACAUGAUAUUUAAGUAAAGAAAGAAAGCCCUACAGUAAGCUUGGCCACAAACUGUACACGGGUGCCCCAUGCUGCUAGCAAAACUGAACAAAUUUAUAGGCAUGUAACUUCUCAUAAACCCUCCUCCCAACA